AUGUCUAUAGAUAUUUUCUAUUUUCUUUCAUGUGUUCUGUUUCCUCUGUUCCUUUUCAGUUUCUUGUGGCACAAGCAACAAAGUAACAAUCACAAAAGAAAGCUUCCACCAGGUGAAAUGGGGUUUCCAUUCAUAGGUGAGACCAUGAAAUUCUUCAAUGCUCAAAAAAGAAACAAAUUGUAUGAAGAGUUUGUUCAUCCUCGGGUCGCGAAACACGGAAAGAUCUUCAAAACAAGGAUCAUAGGGUCACCAACUGUGAUUGUGAAUGGAGCUGAGGCUAAUAAGUUUCUUCUAUCCAAUGAGUUUAAGCUGGUGAAAAGCUCUUGGCCUUCUUCCUCAGUUCAUCUCAUGGGAAAAGACUCUAUCAUGGAGAAAGACGGCGAAAGACAUCGAUUCCUUCGAGGCGUUAUAGCGACUAGUCUUGGUUAUUCAGGACUUGAAAGAUUAGUACCAAUGUUAUGCAACUUUGUUCAAUUAUAUUUAUCUGAAAAUUGGCGCGGUCGUGAAGAGAUUAGUCUCUACCGUUCCACGAAAGUUCUUACAUUCAACAUUGUUUUCGAGUGUUUGUUAGGGAUCAAUGUCGAACCGGGUAUGGUAGAUACAUUUGAGAGAGUGUUGGAAGGAGUUUUCUCUAUGGCAAUUAAGUUUCCGGGUUCGAAAUUUUGGAGAGCAAUGAAAGCUAGAAAGGAGAUAGAGAAAAUGAUAAUGAAAGUUGUGAGAGACAAGAGAAAGGAAAUUGAAGAAGGAAAGAUGAAAAGAGAGGAAGAUAGAAUGCUAAUGUCUAAAUUAGUGUAUGGAAUGAUUCAAGGUGAGAUCACUGAAAAAGAGAUUGUAGAUAAUGUGGUUUUGCUAGUUUUUGCAGCUCAUGAUACUACUUCUUUUGCUGUUGCUAUGACUUUCAAGAUGCUUGCUCAACAUCAUGAUUGCUAUGGUAAAGUUCUUCAAGAACAUGUUGAUAUAAUGAGAGAUAAAAAAUGUGGUGAGAGUUUGAAUGUAGAUGACAUAAAGAAGAUGAAGUAUACAUGGCAAGUUGCUAGAGAAAGUAUGAGACUUUUCCCUCCAAUAUUUGGUUCUUUUAGGAAAGCAAUUACUGACAUUGAAUAUGAGGGAUUCACUAUACCUAAAGGAUGGAAGAUGCUAUGGACAACAUAUGGAACACAUUACAAUGAAGAAUAUUUUAAGGAUCCCAUGAGUUUCAAUCCAAGUAGGUUUGAUGAAGGAAUACCACAAUAUGCAUAUGUUCCCUUUGGAGGAGGGCCAAGAGUUUGUGCAGGGUACCAAUUAGCAAAACUAAAUAUCCUCAUUCUUGUGCAUUAUGUUGUGACACAAUAUGAUUGGUCCUUAAUCCAUCCCAAUGAAACAGUUUCAAUGGAUCCUCUACCAUUUCCUUCUCUUGGAAUGCCAAUUAAAAUUUCUCCUAAGCAUGUAUAA